AUGAGCCCACGCACCCCAAACUCGGCGCUUACCCCAAACUCAGUGCUUUCGACACUCAGAAUUCCUCACCAACUCUCGCUGUCCGGGGGGAACAACCACGAGGCACUCUUUACGCGAGCGCGCAACAUCCAGCAGUACCACUUUCGUUACAAUAAUACCGUCCUCUCCUUUGACCCGGCGUCUCAAAGUCUUAUAUUCUUUGUCUACCCAGGAUAUCAGGACGCAAACAGUGUCUGGCGGCCUGUUCACGCGAAUCAGUUGGCUGCGUUGCGUGCUUUUGCCGGCGAGUAUCAUGAGACCGUCCUUUUUACCAUGAGCCCUGCCGCGAACGCCGACCUCGGAAACCCUGGUAAACUCGCUCUACGCUGCAGCACUGCGCAGCCUGGCCUAGGCAUCUUUGGAUGCAAAUUCUUUGUUCCUAUUGAGGAGCUUACCAACAAUGGUGCUCUCGGAAAUACCCUUGCUGCGUUCAACCCCGCGACCGUGGCAACGCAUACGUCCUCCCCUCGGUUCACCCCCUCUCCCGUCCUGUCAUCAUCCAGCUCAAGCUUGCUGCACGCGCUAGAUGAGGUUCUAUGGUCUUCGGGUACCUCUAAGCGUAAGCAUGAGUUUGAAUCCAAUGAUGGAUCGCCCAAAAAAAGUCGCUCGCAGGCGCAGCCUUCGACACAGAGUGACAUCGAGGAUUUCUCCCCCCCUCACUGGGGAGUUCUGUCCUCAAAAAAAGCUGUUGCUCAGGACGUCAUGUUCAAAGAGUCCUUUCUCUGCAAAAUAUCCUUACGUGGCACGUCGACCAUGGAAGAGUUCUUCCAGGGCGCCGCGGCACUCCCAACUGAAACUCUUCAAACUCUUCAAGGUCGCUAUACGUCGGGAGAAGGUAUCACCCUCUCGGAGUACAAGCAAAUCACUGCUCUCUGCCUCGAGUGUGGCAAAGUCUUCAGUAAACUUGUCCACACGCUGAAACCGAUUCCGCAUCGCAAGACUGCGAAGGGGGGAUCUGUCAAAAAGGAGAAGGGCAAAGGCAAGGAGAGAGCGACUUACGUUCCUGAUAUCUUUACGAGCACUCCCUUAGCUAUAGAAACCAUCGAAAUAUUGGACUCCGAAGAUACUGCGAUGUUCCAUGAAACCAAUAACCCGUUGUUUUCUGCCAUCACCAGAUACUUAAGAUUGUUCCACCUCACCUGGACUCGACCUCUCCUGGACAUGCUGCCAGUUAUUGGACCGUACCAUUAUGCGGUUCAGUAUGAUUACAGCCCCGAGCAGCAAGUUUGGUUGGCUGAUCAAGGCCCUACCUUCGAGAAAGCCAUCCAGAGCAACCGCAUUCUGCUGUAUUUGGAGCGUGUUUACUCUAGGUGGUUCAACAGAUGGCCUACCGAAUCUGAGGCCAUUAACCCAACUCGCGCCAACCUGGAUAAGAAACAACGGAAAAUUGAGCUAUUUUCUUUGUAUAUUAUGGGUCUUAAACAUCGAUGGCUUGAUGCGGGCACACCUCCUGACGGAUGGACAAACGCGAUGGUGUACACAAAGCUAGAACACCUCGAAGACAUGAUCCAAGACUAUUGGGGGAUUCAAUGCGUCUUUGUGCAGAUUGUAGGACCUGCCAAUGGCAACUGA